AGAAAUGCUGUGCAAUUGGGAUUUGGUGAGCAGGGAGGAUAAUAGAGAUUUUCAAGACUUCCAUAGAGGAGUUAUUUUUAAGUACAGAGAAUGCCUAUCCCCAUGCUGAAAGGGCCUUUAGAAAAUGUUACUGGAAUUGAAAAGCCACGGGGGCAAUUUCCAUCACCUGGGAGCACAGUGCUGGUCCGCAGGGCGUUGCUGCCACCUGCUGCAUGCAGACAGGCAUGGAGAGGCUAUUGCGCGGGUCUUGCAGCUGUAGGACACCAGGAUGGAAACACCAACCUGCAGAUUGGGAUCUCCUAGGCUGUGUUUGCCACUAUACUCCAUCACUGUUAUUUGCUAGAAUUUCCAGGAGUAAAGGCGAAGAGACAAAGGCACUUAGAACAGCAGUGUCUCCUGACUGGCAGUCAAAGUCUUCACAUGCUGCAGCCUCUCAUCCCUGUCAAUACCACCUGACCCAACACCUCCAGUGAUCUGAAAUUUGGAAGGUGAAGACAGCCCAUUUUAUCUCGAGCUGGACCAGUAUUGGCAUCGUAUCUGCCAGGGAAGUCAACCUAUACCAGGAGUCACUUCUCUAAGCCCCUGAGAGUCUCAGUCCUCUGUAAAUGGAAUUAAUGGGGCAGAUAUCACAGGCCCGGUAGCUGGCUGAGGAGCAAUUCUGGAAAGAAAACAUAUUUUAAAAGUGAACAGAAAAACUGUUACGAAAGACACGGAGUUCACAUUUGUUAAAUGACUUUGUGUUCUUGAAAUGUAUAAAAAGCACAUUAUGAAUCGCUCUGCAUGAUUUCCUUUGUUUGGAUUUUCGAAGCAGCAAGACUGACACAGAGAUCCUGAAGCAGAGAAUCUUUGGAUCCCGAGAAGUCUUUUAACAAAGGUGAUACACACAAUUUCAGAGAACAAUUUCAACAUUGUUCUGUCGAAGGUUAUACUUAGCUCUGAACCACAUUACUUUCCUGUCUACGUUUCAUUUCCUGGGGUCUUGCUGAGUGGUAAGCAGACCCAGGCGUGCAGAAGGUUUGGGGGUUUUUCUGCAUAAAUAGAGUAGCUGGAGUUUGCUUCAAGCUAUCAGUUGACUUCUGUGAUUAUGGAGAUGCUGGUGUGAGGCCUCCAGGAGACGAUGGAGAAAAAAUGGACCUACUGUGCCGUCUGCUCCAUUAUCCAAAUACAUUUCGUCAAGGGAGUAUGGGGAAAAGCACCCAAUGCAGAAGACACCUAUGCUUUCCCUGGCUCUGAUGUCAACCUGACCUGCCAAACAGAGAAGAAGGGCUUCUUGGUGCAGAUGCAAUGGUCCAAGGUCACUGAUAAAUUGGACCUGAUUGCCCUUUAUCAUCCCAAAUAUGGCUUGCACUGUGCUAAUGGCGGUCCCUGUGAGUCACUGGUGACUUACGUAGAAACUCCCAGAAAUGUGUCAAUCUGGACUCUACACUUAAGGAACAUGUCCUCCUCACUCACUGGAAAAUAUGAGUGUACCUUUACUCUGUAUCCAGAGGGUGCUCGGACUAAAAUCUACAACCUACUCAUUCAGACAAAUGUGACACAAGAUGAAUGGAGAAGCAGCCAUAUAAUGGAAGUAUGGAUAAAUCAGACUCUGGAAAUUCCAUGCUUUCAAAAUAUCUCCUCAGAAAUUUUGUCUGAGUCCACCUUUGCAUGGUUGGUGCAGGAGGGUAAUGGAAUUCAGGAAAUACGUAUCACCCAAGGUCACGCCAUCAGCAAUUCCACAUUAUUUAAAGACAGAGUCAAGCUAGGUGUAGACUAUACACUCUGCCUCUCUCCAGUCCAAAUCCAUGAUGAUGACCGGAAGUUCUCCUGCCACAUUAUGGUCAGACCUGGCAAAAUCUUGAGGAAUUCCAUCACAGUCAAGGUUUUUGCUAAGCCGGAAAUCUCCAUGAUCGUGGAAAAUAACUCUACGGAUGUCUUGGGAGAGAGAACAUUUACCUGCUCCCUGAGGAAUGUAUUUCCCACAGCAAAUCUCACGUGGUUUACUAAAGGAGGCUUUCCUCGAGGUGAAAAAAAAGGCCCUAAGUGGAGUGGUCUGAGGAAGACUAGAAGUAAACAUAAAAGACCGGACUUUAUAACAAGGAACUCCACCAAGAGGCUUAAAAAUUCUUGGAGUGGAAACAUACACACUGAGACAAGUUCAGAAAUAUACAUUAUUAAUGAAAAGAGAAAAGACAAAAGUGGAUUUUUGGAGCUGAAGUCUGUUUUGACAAGGGUGUUUGGUAAUAAACCAGCCCAAUCACAAAACCUGACCAUCUGGUGUACGGCUCUGUCUCCAGCCCCUGGAAAUAAAGUGUGGAAUAUCUCAUCUGAAAAGAUCACUUUUUCCUUGGGCUCCGUGAAACCCUCAGCAGAUCCUCCACUUGAAGGAGUCACAUCUACCCUUGGCACCCAACCCUCUCCAGUCAACAGCGUAUCUCCUACAAGAUAUCCAGCUGUAACUUCCACAGCCCUUGAAGAUGUGGGUGCCUCGACUCCAAAUACCACCCCGCAGACCAGCAAUUCCAGUGUGACUACCCAAGGCUUCAACUACUCCUGGACCUCUAAUGGGAAAGAUACCACAAACUCUUCAUGGAUGCCCAACGAAACAUAUAGUUCAUCCUCCUCAGGGGCAAGCUCAACAAUUCAUGGUGAUGUCUUCACCAGCACAGCCAGAACAUUUUCAGAAGUUCCCACAACUGCCAAUGGAUCUACAAAAAAUAUUCACAUCCAUAUUACUGGUAUUUCGGUUAAUAGACCUAAAGAUGGAAUGUCCUGGCCGGUGAUCGUAGCAGCUCUACUCUCUUUCUGCGUAGCAUUGUUUGGUCUUGGAGUGAGAAAAUGGUGUCAAUAUCAGAAGGAAAUCAUGGAAAGACCCCCGCCUUUCAAGCCACCCCCACCUCCCGUCAAGUACACUUGCAUUCAAGAGUCCAUUGGAAGUGAUUUGCCUUGUCAUGAGUUGGAGACACUCUAGUCUCUCGAGACUUUGCUGACUAGAACUCUGCUAGAAUCCUGUGAGAAGGUGGAUAUUGUGCUUUGUUAAUAUAAUUGCCCUCUAGCCGAGCCUGUACUGCAGCUGCAAUGGAUGUCAGAAGAGAAUGACCUGUUUCCCAGCAACUCAGCUUGUUUCAUCUGCACAUGCCUGAAACUGAGCAAGAAUGAGAGGCAAUGUCAUGCACAUACCCAAUGCGAUCUGUAGGAAUUUUCUUGCUUAUGUAAGAAGUGCAAAUUAGACUGCUGUUAUUAAAAAGUACUUGCAGUGUU